AUGAAACAACGGAUGGAUCCUGUGUUUCCGUGCGUGGAAGCCCCUGCGAAUCGAGUGCCGCCGCUGCAGCUACCACAGGAGCUCCUCCUGGGGGUGAUGGAGCACCUCCUGCCGCGCCCCGGUACCGGCCCCUCCAUCCUGCCGGCGUCGCACGUCGCCACGCGGACGCUCGUGGCGCUGACCCGCGUGGGCCGGGCCACCUCGGAGCCGGCACGGCGGCUGCUGCGGCGGCACUGCUUCUACCUGGACAGCCCGCGCCGUGCCGAAGCCUUCCUGCGCUACCACCACCACGACGGGCUGGACGCGGACGGGACGCCGGCGGUGUACCUGGAGGGGCUUGACGGGGCCGGAGACUACGACGCGAGGCUGGUGAGGUCGGUGGUGGGCGCGGUGGCCGGCUCGCUGCGGCGGGUGGUGCUGGUCGGCGCGGACCCGGAGGACCAGUCGAUGUGGGCAGCGCUGGCGCGAUGCCCGCAGCUGGAGAUUCGCGGGAGCGAGCUGCUGGUGGCGGUGGAGCCGGGGAGCGCGCUCUGGCACGGAUGGGCGGCCUGGCCGGGCAGGAUGAGCUGGGAGGCGCUGUCGGCGUGGGUGGGGGUUGGACCCGGGCGCGGCCUCAGGGGGCUGACUUGGCAUUGGAACGGCGGGGUGGCGGAAUGUCGCGAUGGCAGGAGGUGGGAGACUCUGAUAACGGCCGGCCCGGCGACGCUCUCCGGGGUGCGGGCUCCCGGCCCGUGA